AUGUACCGGCUCCCCUUGACCGUGACGGCCCGGGCCGCGCCGCCGCGGGGCUGGGCCUGGGGCUGCGGGCGGCGCGGAGCCCACCACCGCGCGGGGCCGGGGCUGCCGCGGCUCGGGCCCGGCUGGGCCGGGGGCCUCGGGCUGGGGCUGGGGCUGGCGCUCGGGGCGAAGCUGGCGGGUGCGCUGAGGGGCGCAGCCCCCGCGCCGCCCCCCGCGGCCCCCGACCCCGAGGCGCCGCCCCAGGCCGAGCUGCCGCGGCCGCCGCGGGAGCAGCCCCUCGCCCCUGCGUCUCCGCAGACCCCGUCGGCGUCCACCCCCGGGCGCUACGCCAGAGCCAUUGACAGCAGCCGCGACCUGCUGCACAGGAUCAAGGAUGAGGUGGGCGCCCCUGGCAUCGUGGUCGGAGUCUCUGUAGAUGGAAAAGAAAUCUGGUCAGAAGGCUUAGGCUAUGCCGAUGUUGAGAACCGUGUACCAUGCAAACCAGAGACAGUUAUGAGAAUUGCCAGUAUCAGCAAAAGCCUUACCAUGGUUGCUAUUGCCAAAUUGUGGGAAACAGGAAAACUUGAUCUUGAUAUUCCAGUACAACAUUAUGUUCCUGAAUUCCCAGAAAAAGAAUAUGAAGGUGAAAAGGUUUCUGUUACAACAAGAUUAUUGAUUUCCCAUUUAAGUGGAAUUCGUCAUUAUGAAAAGGACAUGAAAAAGGUAAAAGAAGAGAAAGCUUAUAAAGCCUUGAAGAUGAUGAAAGAGAUGAUGGAUUCCGACCAAGAAAAAGAGUUAAAAGAUAAAGGAGACAAAAAUAAUGAAAAGAAAGACUUCGCUAAAGCUAAAAUAGAGCAGGAUAAUGAAGCUAAAGGCCGGAAUGCCAAACCUGUCAAGAAAAAAAAUGAUUUUGAACAAGGUGAAUUGUAUUUGAAAGAGAAGUUUGAAAAUUCAAUUGAAUCCCUAAGAUUAUUUAAAAAUGACCCUUUGUUCUUUAAACCAGGUAGUCAGUUUUUGUAUUCAACUUUUGGCUAUACCCUACUGGCAGCCAUAAUUGAAAGAGCUUCAGGAUAUAAAUUUUUGGAAUAUAUGCAGAAAAUAUUCCAUGACUUGGAUAUGCUAACAACUGUGCAGGAAGAACAUGAACCAGUGAUUUACAACAGAGCAAGAUUUUACGUUUACAAUAAAAAGAGACAUCUUGUCAACACACCUUACGUGGAUAACUCCUAUAAGUGGGCUGGUGGUGGCUUUCUGUCUACAGUGGGUGACCUUGUGAAAUUUGGGAAUGCUAUGCUGUAUGGUUACCAAGUCGGGCUGUUUAAGAACUCAAAUGAAAAUCUUUUGCCUGGAUAUCUCAAACCAGAAACAAUGGUUACGAUUUGGACACCAGUCCCUAACACAGAGAUGUCCUGGGAUAGAGAGGGUAAAUAUGCAAUGGCCUGGGGUGUCGUGGAAAAGAAGCAAACAUAUGGUUCCUGUAGGAAGCAGCGGCAUUAUGCCUCACAUACUGGGGGUGCUGUGGGGGCCAGUAGCGUCCUGCUGGUCCUUCCUGAAGAACUGGAUGCAGAAUCUGUACGUAACAAGGUUCCUCCAAGAGGAAUAGUUGUGUCCAUCAUCUGUAACAUGCAGUCUGUCGGACUCAAUAGCACUGCUUUAAAGAUUGCUCUGGAAUUUGAUAAAGACAGACCAGACAUGCCUUAA